GUUCCCUCUAUAAGCCUAUGGAGAACUUCUACAGGAAAUUAAGAUUACGAUUAAAGUUAGAAAGUUUUAAAAAAUAUUUCCCAAUGAUAAUUUAGGAAACCCAACUCGUUUUCUUCGUUUUUCCACUUCUCAAUUCUAUAAAAGCUGCUCCAGAGGAAGCUAGGUACCUUCACCAAUUCAUAUUUCCCUUCCAAUCUUUUGCUUGCUUGCUCGUCCGUCCUGUUCCUUUCAGUUAGUCCUUGUUUUUCAGGAUCGUCGCCACCGUCUUUCUUGUUCUUGUCCAAGAUAUACUGAUCAGGCUAAGUAUCUUCUUCGUUUCACGUUUCUUUUCCCGUUUUUCUUUGGUUCAGAAGAGAUGGUUUGAUUGCCGUCUUUGUUUCAAAGAUCCUGUCUUUUGGAUCUGUUUUUUAUUGUGAUUUGGGCGGUUCGAGCUUUUUAAUCUAGGCUUGGUUAGUCUGGUAACCCUUUGGAUUGAUUUCUUGUCAUGAUAUUGGUCGAUUUAGGUUUUCUGCUGUGGAAAUCCCAUCUCUGUGCUUUAUGAGCUACGUGACCCUCCUGCGUGGGCUCCGUCUUCUUCUGUCUUUCUCUGUUGUCUUCCUCUACUGGUUCUAUGUUGUCCAUUAAUCUCAUUAUUCUCUGAUCGAUCGUUUUUGUUUUUAUUUAUUUAUUUAUUUUUUUUCCAAUUUCUUGUCAAAUUUUAUUGUUUGAGAACACCCAUCUCUCUAAUCCGCGGAGAAUAACCUAAGAAAGGGAGGAAUGUCAUCAACGCAACCACUCACUAGCUCCGGAUCCGAAGGCGAUCAGCAGAACGCGGUAGUCAAUGAGCGGAAAAGGAAAAGGAUGAUUUCGAACCGCGAAUCUGCGAGGCGAUCGCGGAUUAGGAAGCAGCAGCAUCUGGAUGAUCUGAUUGGGCAAAUAAGCGAACUUCAGAAACAGAACAGUGAGCUAGUGCAGAAAGCCGAGUUCAGCCAGCAACGCUGCAAUCAGUUCGAGUCUGAAAACCGGGUUUUGAAGGCUCUUUUGGCGGAAUUGCGUGAAAGGGUGCAGUCUCUCGAAAGAUUCGCCGACUUGGUACGGGAUACCAGCCAUCUGUUCAAGAACUUGCCUGAGAUAUCGGAUCCUCUGAAGGAUACCAGCCAUCUGUUCAAGAACUUGCCUGAGAUAUCGGAUCCUCUGAACGAUACCAGCCUUCUGUUCAAGAACUUGCCUGGGAUAUCGGAUCCUCUGCUGGAACAACCAUGGCAACUUCCGGUCUCAUCAGAUCCUCUGCUGGAACCAUGGCAACUUCCGGUCUCAUCGGAUCCUCUGCUAGAACCUCUGCUAGAACCAUGGCAACUUCCGUUCUCAUCACAGCCAAUCAUGGCUUCUACUGAUAUGGGCACAAUAUUUUUCUAGUGCACUACUAAUUCCCUUCUCAGAAUAUAGUCUUAGGAUUAACCAUCUCUUUCUUUUUAGUCUGGUAGUCUCAGUUUAGUAGUGACUGAUGAUCAUCUUUAGUGUGCAUAGAUUACUUAGAUGCAGAUAGGUGUCAGCUACUCCGUUUUUAACUAUUCUGGAUCUUAUUAGCAUGUUAGAUUAUUAUUAUUAUUAUUAUUUUUAAUUGGAAUUGGGAUUGAUACA